CGCUCAAGCGACCACAGUCUGGGAUGCGUGGCCCUCAUUUGAGCCAGAUUCUUAACUCGAAAUGUGGUUCAAGCUAAGCUUAGCGCUCUGUCUGUUCCUGAUCAGCAAUAGGGUGGGAUCCACUGACUACUGCAGCAAUGAUCUCUGCCCGCCAAUGAGUAAGCACAUUGCCUGUGAGAAUUAUGGGGACUUUGACGAGAGCUGUGGAGCUGGAGCGGCCAUCUUGAAGUUUUCCAUGCAUCUCCGGGCCCAGCUGCUGUCCAGCUUAAACUCAUUCCGCAAUGGCAUAGCUCUGGGGAGAUACCCGCCAUUCCGCCCAGCCGCCAGGAUGACCACCUUGCGAUGGAGCGAGGAGCUGGCAGGCCUGGCCAAGUUCGCCCUGCGAGGCUGCGAUAAUUUGCAGGAGUACUGCAGCAAUACGAACGCGUUCAAAUAUGUUUCCUACAUAUAUGGGAGCACGCGAUGGGUGCACCAUGAGAAGACAGCAGAGUCGGUUCUGCAGUAUGUGCUGAAGUUCUGGAUUGACGAUCACAAGAGCUGUACGACGGAUCACAUCAAUGCCAAGAGGCCGCCGAAAGAUGGUAAAUGCCGCGGCUACUUCACCCAGCUGGUUCAAGACCAGGCAGACCACAUUGGCUGUGCGUUGAUUGAGCGGCAUGCCGGCAGCGGUAGCCAGCACUUUUACGCAGUACUCUGCCAGUUCUCGCGGGGAAAGAUUGCCAGCCAGCGAGUGUACGAAGAGAGUUCGCAUCCGGGCGUACGGUGCUCUUCUGGCACACAUGCCACCUACCAGGGUCUCUGCUCGACCGAGGAGCAUGUCAAUGCGAAUGCUCUGCAAUUAGCCACCCUCCAUUGAAUCGGUCACACCGAUAGCACUGAAUAAAGAAAAGCAAUUAGCUUGA